CAGAAGCUGCUCUUGCUGAUCCCUCUUUAUGUGCAUCUACGUAUAUCAAAAUUCUGCUCAAGUACUUCAGACAAUUUAAGUGAUACUGAAGUAAAGCUCAUCUGGCUGAUAUUCCCACCAUUACCCCAUCGUGUCAUUCUGCCUGUGUCUGUGGAGGAGUAUCAAGUGGGACAGCUGUAUUCUGUGGCAGAAGCCAGUAAAAAUGAAACUGGUGGAGGUGAAGGAGUGGAGGUUCUCAUGAAUGAACCCUAUGAGAGAGAUGGAGAACGUGGUCAGUACACACACAAGAUCUACCACUUACAGAGCAAAGUACCGUCAUUUGUGAGAAUGCUGGCCCCAGAGGGAGCCCUGAACAUACAUGAGAAAGCAUGGAAUGCCUACCCCUACUGCAGGACUGUUAUUACAAAUGAAUACAUGAAAGAUGAUUUUCUGAUCAAAAUUGAAACCUGGCACAAACCAGACCUUGGAAUGCAGGAGAAUGUUCAUAAACUAGAGCCAGACGUAUGGAAGAAUGUAGAAGCAGUUUAUAUAGACAUUGCAGAUCGGAACCAAGUGCUCUCCAAGGAUUACAAGCAGGAAGAAGACCCAGCAAAAUUUAAAUCUGUCAAGACUGGACGUGGUCCUCUAGGCCCCAACUGGAAGAAAGAGCUGGGGAAACAAACAGAUUGUCCACACAUGUGUGCUUACAAACUGGUAACAGUCAAGUUCAAGUGGUGGGGUCUGCAAAAUAAAGUUGAGAACUUUAUACAGAAGCAAGAGAAACGUCUCUUCACAAAUUUCCAUCGGCAGUUAUUUUGCUGGCUUGAUAAGUGGGUUGAUCUGACUAUGGAUGACAUUCGCAGGAUGGAGGAAGAGACCAAGAAACAGCUGGAUGAGAUGAGACAAAAAGACCCUGUGAAAGGAAUGACAGCUGCAGAUGACUAAUGUGGCUUCCUCCUUGUGCACUUUUGCAAGACAGUCGGCAGGAAGGCCCAGAGACUUCACCUUCUUGAUCAACGGACCAUCUCUGGACCAAGCCUUUCUAUAUCCAAUUGGCAGGCGAUUUUAAAUCUCCCAUAGCUAAUUCUAGAUGCCCUUUAAUAUUGUGAGCAAAUAGACAGUCUGGUACCAAGCACUCCAGUGUUAGCACGUAUGUGAAGGAGGCAGCUCCUUGGAGACGUGUGACUAAUAGAUUGCUAUAUUUAUGACUCCUCCCUCCUUUUUUCAUUGUGUCCCUGGUUCAGACCAAUUUCCAUGUGGCCCUGUUUGAUUUCCGCGUGGCUUUUUUAACCUGAAAUAGUCUUUGUGAUGUGGUGAUUUAGAUUUUUCCUUUGUUUUCAACACUGGGAUAAACUGCUGCCUUUGUCCCGACUCAGCGCUUCACCAUUCUUUGAGUGUCCAUUUGUGGAGAGGGGAAUUGUCAGUAUCUAUUUAGAGUGCAAAACUAUUCCACAGAAUUCUAGGCUCUGACAAUAUUAUUGGCAACCAAGCUCCAGUGCACAGCCCUGUGUUGCCAAGGCUAGGUCUGCUGUUAAGAUACCACCAUAUGUGGCCACUGCAACAGCAUUACUUGGUCUGUCUAAACACACAACUUAAAGGAACAGAAC